AUGGCAGGAAUGGAUGCGCAUGAGGCACUCCUUGAGCGAAGAUCUCACAUCGGAUUCGACAAAGUGUUGUACAACGGAGAGAGAGGCAGAUUGAUGCGCGCAAUGCGGCCCGACGAGCGCAAGAUCUUGAAAGCAGCAGAGCAUGCCACCGCGCAGGCGAAUCUCAACCUCAACAAUCAGUCGACGAUCACGAAAACUGGUGCGAAGCCAACGUUUCUAGCACUUCCCGUCGAGGUUCGAUGGCUGAUUUACAACCACCUAUCCGGCUGUCAACGCAAAAUUAACCUUUUCAGCACGAAGAGAUCACCCUUCUUCAGAUCAUGGGUAUCAAGGUUCCCAGAUCUGAGCCUAGUCUGCCAGCAACUCAAAGCUGAAGUCGACCGACAUUUCCUCGAAACUCAGACGUAUGCCUUCCAAAACGUUCCGGCAGUGAAGAGAUGGUGCAACAAGGAUCAAGUCAAGGUCUCAACCAUGCGACAUGUCGAGUUUUGCUUCAAUACUCCAAUGCUGCUCAUGAAUGUCACUUCCACGCGCGAGGGCUUCAAGAAUUUGAAAGAACUUACAAUCCGGAGGACUUGGACCUGGAAGUCUGAUCUUACCUGCACCGACCGCGAGUCCGAGGAUCAUGUGCGCCAAUCGUAUUUGCCUCAUCUUCGGGAGGAUGCUGGAUGGUUCCAAAGUCAGGGCGACAUAAGCAACAACAUGCUUCUGGUGUGGCGCCAGCCGGAGAUUGUUCUUCAUUGCCUUCCUCAAUUUCAAACUGGAGUCAUAGAGUGGGCGCCCACCCCAGAAGAAUGGCGCAAUGGCAUCUACUCAGUUCGGUUUCGAGUUCACGACUUCAAGCCGUCUCACCAUGCACAGUUGGAUACUAAGCGAUGGAAGCCAAUCGAUCUCACUAGGUCUAGAACUAUCUCUGAGAUCACGUUCAUGAUUUUGAGCCGAUCUUCACCCGAGCGCCAGUCAGUAGGAAAGUUCUUCCGCGAAGUUCCUGGCUAG